CCCAAGCGACUUUUCUCAAAGAGAGAGAGCAAAGCGGCGAGAGGAGCGGCGGCGAGCCCCGAGCAGCCCGCCCGGCACCGGAGCCCCCCGGGGGGGGCUGCGUGCUCGGGGGGCUGUGAGAGCGGCUCCGCAGCGAGAUGCGAAAAGCCUCAGCUGUUUGCCUCGCCAUGCCGGCUUCCCACUAGAAUGCCAAGCCUUGCACAGGAUGAAAACAGGUCAUUCCUCCAGAAUGCCAGAGGAAAGUUCGCCAAAGCGGAGUCCUCAAAACAUCCCGUACAAAGACCUGCCCCACAUCAUCAAUGCUGACGGGCAGCAUCUCUUCUGCAGGUACUGGAAGCCAGCAACAGCUGCCAGGGCCCUCGUGUUUAUCGCUCACGGCGCUGGGGAACACUGCGGCCGUUACGAUGACUUGGCCCAGAGGCUGACAGAACUUAACUUGUUUGUAUUUGCCCAUGACCAUGUUGGCCAUGGGCAGAGCGAGGGGGAUCGUAUGGUUGUCUCAGAUUUCCACGUCUUCAUCAGGGACAGCUUGCAGCACAUUGAUCUCAUGAAGAAAGAUCACCCUGGGCUGCCCGUUUUCAUCCUGGGACAUUCCAUGGGGGGAGCCAUCUCCAUUCUGACAGCUAGCGAGAGACUCGGUGACUUUUCGGGCAUGGUGUUAAUCUCUCCUUUAGUGGUGGCCAGCCCAGAAGUCGCCACCCCCAUCAAGGUUUUUGCAGCAAAAGUGCUCAACCUCGUUCUCCCAAACCUGUCACUGGGAUCGAUAGAUCCAAAUGCAGUUUCCCGGAACAAGAAAGAGAUGGAGUCCUACACAUCCGAUCCCCUGGUCUACCACGGUGGCAUGAAGGUGUCCUUCGUCAUCCAGCUGAUGAACGCCAUUGCCAGAAUUGAGCGAGCUCUGCCCAAGCUGACUUUGCCCGUCCUGGUGCUACACGGCUCUUCCGACAAGCUCUGUGAUAUCAGAGGGUCCCAUAUACUGAUGGAUACAGUGCAGAGUCAGGACAAAACCCUCAAGGUGUAUGAGGAAGCCUACCAUGCCCUCCACAAAGAGCUGCCCGAGGUCACUACCUCCGUCUUCACGGAAAUACUUACGUGGGUUGGCCAGAAGGUCUCAGCAGCUGGAGAAACCAGCCACACUUAAGAGCAGAUGUUUUUGCAGCUCUUACUGGGGGUUUCUGGGAAUAGACGCUUUUCUUAAUAGAAGUCUCUCUGGAAAAGAUCUAACGUGGAGGGGCUCGUAGGAUAUUUUGCCAUGCACAGUGUAAGGGAGGGUGGGGGAAGAGGCACAGAGUGGGGUGUUACUUGGUGAUGUAAAUGGCCGUUGCCAUAACCUGAGAAAGCAUUGAUAGCUGUGGGAGCAGCCGUCAAAGCUUUCCAGGUCCGAUGAUGUUGCCGAGAUGUCCCUCAGCCAACGAGCUUCCUCCAUCACUUCCUCUUCUCUGCUUUUGCCGGGGUGACGGGGGUUUAUUUAUACUGCAAUAAUUUUUGGUAUGUUAGAAAAGUCAGUAUCUUCCACUUUACAGUUUUGAUUCCAGGUGCAUACAGUCCCCUCCCUGUCCCCACCAUCCGGUCCCUUUACAGCCUGGGCCCUGAGAGGUGAGCGUUAAUGAAGGUGCUGGGUAACGAGGAGAGGCCAAAGAUGGAGCUGAUGGGGGCGGUGGGAAGAGGCUCUGGCUCGGAAGCAAAAGGCUGGUUUUUGAGGUCAGACCCCUUUGGCUGCUACCUCUGCUAGCAGGUCGGGCCCAGGGGGAGAAUAAAGAGCCCCCGUGAGUCUGCGCUGGGGGAAGGCAUGCUGAGCAAACCUUCAGAUGUCAUCACCACCAAAGCAGAAUCCCAAAGGGGAGAGGACGAAUGUAGAUUCAAGCCCACGUAGCACAUUCACAAACCAUGCUAUUCCCAAGGCCAAACCCCCUUCUCCUCUCCAAGAUGAACUAUUCUGUAAAUAUUCCUAGGGGCUGCUUUUUUUCCUUCUUUCUUUUUUUUUUUUUUUUUCUCUUGGAGUUAAUCACUUGCGCUACUGAAACUGAAAAAGUAAAGUCAGAGUUAUAUGAGAAUAUAGUAAUAUAAUAUAUGAUGUAUAUAGAGGUGGCUGGGAGCUAGGGAAGAAACGGGAAGAGAGUCUAAAGAAGGGUUAAUUCUCUUGGCAAGGAGUAAUGUUGUCCUACCAGGAUCCAGUCCUCUCACCAUAACUUUAGAGUCAUAAUCUGUUGUUUUCCUUCAUCAGUUGGAAAAUGUCCUGAAAAGAAUGCUCGAGAGAAGCGCAGAGCAUCUGGUGGGUGGGGAUUAGCAGCGGGUGUCCUCGUGGUCCACCGGUUUGGCAGGAGACCCACAGCGUGAGCAGAGAUCCCGGCCAAGCUCUUGCCCAUCUCCUCCUGAGCAGCACAGCUACCUCUGGGGCCCACAGGGCACCGGGGACGAGCUCACCCCUGGGGACAAGGUGGGGAGCGAGGGCAGAGGACAGGGUGCAAUCGUACAUCCAGCAUCCAGGGAGCAGCUUGUGAAGCGCUCCAGUGGUGCAGAUAAGCCAAACCCCAGAGCUGUCUGGGUCUCUGGUAGCAGCAGGGAGGGAAGAAAGGCUUCAGACCCCGACAUGGAGCAGAGGAAUCGUAUCGAGACAGCAGAAGCAGUGCAGCGAUCACAGCGUGGCUGUGUGGGUCAGUUUGUCCAGGGAGAUGGCCCUAAUUACUGACAUGCCUCUUGGCAGCAGCCAAAGGGAGAGGCUUUAACCCAACCCUCUCCCUGCAGUGCUGCAGCAGCCUGCAAAUGCUCCAGGAGGAGAUAACGGGGCAUCUCCCACAGGGACAAACCCCACUGCCCUCCCUGGCAGCAGCUGCCCUGUGCGCUGCUGCCCCCGGGGCUGGAUCCUGCCCGUGGCAGCCCCAGGGUCUCCCCCACCUCUCCUGCCUUCGGAGCCACUUCUGGCAACAUUCAGGAAAGGGACCUCUGUGCAAUAGCAGCCAGAACCAGGGCCCGACACCAUCAGCGUGCAGGGAUGAAGGCCCUGUGGGUGCAGGUUGCGUCCUUGCAAUUGCCCUAAGGGGCCCAAGUCAGGAAAGCUCUUUUAUUGAGUUUGAUGCAGGCACUUUUCCACUUUUAUUUUCCUGCCUUGAAAAAGAGGAACCGGCUGGGCUUUUCCCAGCUUCUGCUUAAAACAUUAUUCCCAUGCAAUCAAGUGCUCCCACCCACCCCUGCUAAACCUGCAGCAGCACCGGGAAUGAGGCAACGCGCAGGGCGCCCGCUCCGCGCCUUCCAGCAGCCUGCCUCAUUGCAACUUCUUUCCCCGAGCGAGGUCCCUUCUUGCCAGAUGCUGUUGGGGAAGGAGAGCAAGAACUGAAGCACUGCAGCGGUGACGAGGCUCACCUGCUUCUUCAGCCCGAGCAGGAAUCAAGUGGGCGUGAUGUGGCGGUGACAGAUGUUGCGGGGGUCGGAGCAAGACGAGGACUUGAGGAUGGGAUUUUUCGAAAGCACUUUUCCCGAGGAAGUCAGGAGGAGCAGAUCGAUGCCCACAUUCAUUUCAUCCCAAAUUGACAAGCACUUUGCGGGGCGGAGGGAAGUGACCCUGCAGCAGGAAGGUCAGAGCCCGUCUGCUCCCUCCAGCCUGGCUUGGGGCUGCGGGCAGUGCCUUGGCAGAGCGCGUCUUCCGCCCACGACACAUCUGCAGCCCAGAAGAAAUAAAAGGCAGGCAAUUAUCUUCAUCUAGGGAAGACUUGUCCCUCUGUCUGGCUAAGCUCAGUGACAGCGGCCGGGGGAAGCUGCGAUUGAAAAUCAGGUCAGCAAACAAAACUGUAGCUUGGUUAAAAAUGAACAACAAAAAGCCAAACUAGCCCCAAACCUUGGCACAGCAGGUGUUGCUGCUACCCUCGGCCACUUUGCUGAAUUAUCUACUGAAGGAAUUAACACGGGGAAACCUACCCCAAAAAGCCCCAAUGUUGCCUGCCUCCAGGCAGGUCGGCGAGUGGAGAUUUUCAGGUGGGGAAGCCAGUAGGGCCGGAGGGAGCCAGCAGCAGAUGCACGUGGAUCAGCUGAGGCUGGUUUGCACCAGCUGCAGCUCUCAGCCCGCAUACUCCAGCUCCCUGCUGCUCCCUUCCCCUGCCCAUAAACUACUUUACAUUGACCCAGUUUGGUUUCACUGUGCCCCGGAGGAACCCUCCCUUUGCUGACCAGAUUAGUAAUGAGCAGAGCUGCUGCCAGGGGAAAUGUAAUUAAACUCCAUUUCCAAGCGGCAGGUACUGUUUGCAGGGAGCACGGCCGGCCUCACGAGCAUUGCUGUGCAGAGACGUGCUGGAGACUGGUCUGCCUUGGAGAAUCGGUGGCACCCGUGACCGAGCAAUAGCACCGUGCAACUCCCACCUGUGUCACCCACCUCCUGUAGCACUGGGAGACCAUUCCCCUCCGCCCAACCCAUCACAUUUCCUAUUUCGCCUGUUCUUUUUACACCACUUACCUUAGCACACUGCCAGCACAAAUCCAUGGAGAUCACAUUUAUUUUUCCAAGUAAUUUCCAAGCUUGUCUCUCUUGUUCCGUUGUGUCCCAGUUCAAUAAAAUACAUUUAUAUAUAUAUAUAUACAUAUAUAAAAGCGUAUAUACAUACACGUAUUUUCAGUGGGAAACCAUAUACGAGUUUAGAAUUCUUAAAGGAAUACAAGGUAUAUUGCAACUAAUAAUAAAGUUAUGUUUUCUGA